AUGGCCCCGUUUACCGUGACGACGUUCUUACGUGAACAGUGGACCAAGCUCCCCCUCGCUACUGCAGACCUCUCUAACAAGACCGUUAUCCUCACCGGAUCCAAUGUGGGCCUGGGCUUCGAGGCUGCUGUGCACCUAGCCAACAUGAAACCCGGAAGGUUUAUCAUCACCGCUCGGGAUCAGGCCAAGUGUGACAAGGCCAAGAAGGAAAUCGAAGCUCGGGCACAGGAGGGCAUUGGAGCGAUCGUCGCUUCUCCUUUAGAGCUCACGUCCUUUGAGUCCGUGCGGGCUUUUGUAGAUGAAUUUGCGGCGGGAAGCAGCAAGCUGGACGUCCUGAUUGCCAACGCUGCUGUGUCUUUGCAAGAAUACACUCAGACAGGGAAUGGAUGGGAAACGACCGUUCAAGUCAACCACUUGUCGGCAGCUUUGCUGAGUAUUUCGAUGCUCCCUCACCUUGCCAAGGCUGGGACGGAAGAGAACCCAGCUCGGUUGGUCAUAGUGUCCAGCGAAGCGCAUUACAUGGAGAGUCUGAAGGGCGCGUCCAAAUGGCCAAAUAUCCUCGAGAGGCUCAGCGAUAAAUCUUACUGCACUCCCGCUGUAAUGCGAGCACGGUAUCCUAUUUCCAAGCUCCUCGAAGUAGAAUUUGCGGCCCGCCUGUCAAAGUCUACUCCCGUCGUCAUUGACGCGGUCAACCCCGGGUUCUGCAAGUCACAGCUCACACGCAACGUCGCGUUCUACCUCCAGGUUGUCGCCAAGGUCGGUAAAGCGCUCCUCGCGAGAAGCACCGAGAUGGGCAGCAGGACCCUCGUUCACGCCGCCGUCGCGCCGGGCGAAAAGGAGAGGCAUGGGCAUUACGUCUCGGCGUGCAAUGUCGCCGAGGAGAGCGACUUUGUGCUGAGCGAGGAAGGGCAGGAGGUGCAGCGUCGAUUAUGGGAUGAAACUAUUGAAGUUUUGAGCAAGGUGGACCCGAGAGUGAAUGGCAUUGUCACCGAAUAUCUGUCUACUUGA